AUAUAUAUAUAUAUAUAUAUAUGUAUAUACACCCUAAAUUGCCAAAAGUAUUGGGACUCCUCUCCAAAUCAUUGGAUUCAGGUGUUCCAAUCACCUCCAUGGCCACAGAUGUAUAAAAUCAAACACCUAGGCAUGCAGACUGCUUCUACAAACAUUUGUGAAAGAAUGGGUUGCUCUCAGCUCAGUGAAUGCAAGCGUGGUACUGUGAUAGGUUGCCACCUGUGCAAUAAAUCCAUCUGUGACAUUUCCUUGCUACUAAAUAUUCCACGGUCAGCUGUUAGUGGUAUUAUAACAAAGUGGAAGCAACUGGGAACAGCAGCAACUCAGCCACGAAGUGGUAGGCCACGUAAAAUGACAGAGCGGGGUCAGUGCAUGCUGAAGCGCACAGUACACAGAACUGUCUGCAGAGUCAAUAGCUAAAGACCUCCAAACUUUGUGUGGCUUUCAGAUUAGCACGAGAGCUUUGUGAGAGCUUCAUGGAAUGGGUUUCCAUGGCCAAGCAGCUGCAUCUAAGCCUUACAUUACCAAGUACAAUGCAAAGCGUCGGAUGCAGUGGUGUAAAGCACGCCACCACUGGACUCUAGAGCAGUGGAGACAUGUUCUCUGGAGUGACAAAUUACGCUUCUCUGUCUUGCAAUCCAAUGGACGUGUCUAGGUUUGGGGGUUUUCAGGAGAACAGUACUUCCCUGACUGCAUUGUGCCAAGUGUAAAGUUUGGUGAAGGGGGAUUGUGGUGGGGGGUUGUUUUUCAGGGGUUGGGCUUGGCCCCUUAGUUCCAGUGAAGGGAACUCUUAA